AUGGCGAGCAGCCAGUGCAGCGGCGAGCCGGCCUCCGUCGGCCCUCUCCCUCACCUCACGCGGCUCCUCUCCUCCCCCCUCUGCUCGCCCCUCACCGAACACUUUUAUGCUGAGGAAGUUUGUAUUGGGGAUCUGUGUUCCUUCUGCCAGAGAUUGGUUCAGCAUCAGCCUACGCAAUAUCCAACUUCUGAAGAGCUGAGUAUCGGAAAGAUCAAGUUUAAGGCAUUUGAUUUGGGAGGACAUCGGAUCGCUCGCCGUGUGUGGAAGGAUUACUAUGCCAAGGUGGAUGCAGUGGUGUACCUUGUGGAUGCCUACGACAAGGAGCGGUUUGCUGAAUCAAAGAAGGAGCUUGACGCCCUCCUCUCGGAUGAUUCUCUGGCCACCGUACCCUUCCUGAUCCUGGGCAACAAGAUCGACAUCCCUUAUGCUGCGUCGGAGGAGGAGCUCCGCUACCACAUGGGGCUGAGUAACUUCACCACUGGCAAGGGCAACGUUAACUUGGGUGAGUCCAACGUCCGCCCCCUGGAGGUGUUCAUGUGCAGCAUCGUCAGCAAGAUGGGGUAUGGCGAGGGGUUCAAGUGGGUGUCACAGUACAUCAAGUAGAGUUUGCUAGCUACAGUGAUACUCAUGUUUCUACCUUAGCUUACCACACAAAAGAGAUAGGAAGCUAGCUUACCUUGGUCAUGGACAAGUGGUGGUUCAUGGUGGCAGUACAGAUGUGGUCAUAUGGAAGUAGUGUAAAGUCUGGGAUCUUGCCAGAUUUUCCUUCAAUUACAGUGUGAUCUUGGAAGAGGAGCUUACUUUAAACUUGAAGAAUGGUGGGGCUCUUCAUUUCUUACUGUCUA